GGACCAGGAUAUUGCCAUUGCCAUGGCGCUGGAAGGGUGGAUAGUACGCCAUGCGCCCGACGUCAACCUCGUCGACACCCCCGUCUUCCUUUGCGGCCAUGGCCUAGCCUACGCGCUCGUGCAUUUGGCCCACGACGCCUGUGAUGGCGACGGCGCUGCGCGCUUUGAGCUUGCACUCGCCGCUCUCGACGCCUCGGAGCCCGCGCUCGAGUGGCAUGUGCUUCCGAAUGGCAGCCUCGUGCACACGUAUGCCUACCCAGUCGACGCGCCGCGCCGCUUGCACCAGAAGACGCCGCCGUACGAAGUCCUUCUCGAUCCAUCCGACGCCACAGUCGCGUACCUCUGGACGUGGUAUCCCUCGAGGCUUUACCGCCUGCGCGUCGACCUGCGCGCCGGCGUCGCCUUGGACAAAAUCAUGGCACUGCCCAUCGAGCCCGAGACGAGCUAUUUAGCCAACGGCCUUCUGUAUCUCGUCUCCGAGGUGGAAGACGAUAUCGUCGUCGAUGUGGCUGCGUGGACAACUUUGACGAGACGAGAGCCACCGCCGCUGCACGCCCGCGUUCUGCCGCCAACGAUGCGCGAUACCAUUGCUACGCGAGGAGCUCUUUCGUUGGCACAGACCCCCGAAGGUCUUUGGGUUGAAGGGCUCGGGCGGCCGCGGCUCUUGACAGCCAACGACGACGUCGAGUGCGUGGCGUGGACCAGCGACGACGCCAUCGUGCUCACAGUGCUCGAAGGCGACACAUGGAUGCGCCGGUUCGUGCAUCUUGUCGAUCUUUAUGGCUUUCUCGAAGGACUCGACUGGGAAGAUUCGGCCACGGCUCUGCGUGCGCACGUCGACUGGCUGCGUCAACCGCGGCUUGCGCUCUCGGCUGCCGACGAGACCGACGUCGACCGUGUCGUGUCGGUCAACAUCGAGCACCGCACGCACUGGGCUCUGCACUGCCCGGCAGACGACGUUGUGCUUCUCAUCGACCCCGCGACGCAGGUCUGUCAUCAUGUGCUCCAGCGUGCGAGUGCCAUCGAUGACGUCCUCGGGCUCCUUGCUGCCAUGAGCAGCCAUGUGACGUGGGCAACCCCCUGCCUCCUCUCCACAACACCCCAGCUCGCCACGAUGGAUGUUAACGACGUAGCCACGUACUGGCCGAGCCCGGCGGCGAUGAUACAAGCAAAGCGCUUGGCGUAUCGCGAGCCUAGAGAUGCUCGCCAUCGCCUCGUAGGGCUCUCUGUAUCCCUGCACAGCGGUUUCCUCGGCCUGAACGACCUUGCCAGCGUACUGUACGCCGCCCCGAGCUUGCGGAGAGAGGUGCUUGCACCCAACAGCGCCGGUCGGAGCCAGGCACGGGCGCGACUCGCAACCCUCAUAUUUCUCAGCCGCGCUGGGUCGGCCAAGUACCAAGCGUUGGCAGCGUCGCUGGUGCUCUACCUCACCUCUGUCGACGACGACCAAGUGGACGCGCUGGAUCUGCUCGUACGAGACACUGUUAUUGCGACUAGCAACUAGAAAUUUAGAAAGCAACAUAGUACCACAGAGCGAUUACUCCACGC